GAUUAUACACAAAUCUUCCUAUCUUCGAAACCCUAAGAAUCUCUCGAUCUCAGAUCUGCCGUCAACACAAAUCUUAGACGAUCUUUCGAUCUAGACUUCUGAUUCCUCCUCUUUCUUAACUCUCUAUUCAAUCGUCGACAUCUCUUUUACCGAUUCGUAUUCGAAGAUGUCUCGAUGCUUUCCUUACCCUCAGCAUGGAUAUUUUGCUAAGAUCGCCGUCAACGACGCCUUGAUCGAUUCGAUUAAGCUCCAAAGAGAAACAGAAAAGGCUGUCAAAGCUGAAAGGAAGAAAGAAAGGAAGUUGGAGAAAACAUUGAGAAGGGAGAGGAAAAGUGAAAAGAAGAAGGAAUUGGAACAGCUUGGUAAAAGAAAACGUGAUGAUGAAAAGCCAAACAAAUUGGGGAAGAAAGAUGAUGAAGAUAAUAAUCCAACGAAAUGUGACUCUGGUAAUCUGGAAAGAAGCAAUAUAACUGAAGAAUUAGGGAAACCUUCUUCCAUUCAGAAUCCAUGUGCUUCUGAUAGCUCAGAAGACAGUAAUAAAAGGAAGAGACAUGCCACAGUUGAAACUGGUAAUCGAGCUAAUGGGAGUUUCUUGAAAAUAAGAUUUCCCCCACAAAAACUUAAGGACCCAGUUGAAUUUUCUGCCCCUUCUUCAAUUCCAAUUCCAACUGAACAGAAAUGCUCAACUUCUGGAAGGAAGAAAACAACUGAGGCCAUUGAUAAUGGUGUGUUCACUUCAUUGGAUAAGAAAAUGCAAUUGGUUAGUUUACUUUACAAGGACUUAGUUUCGGAUUUAGCUCCUCUACAUGAAAGAAGCACCAGUUUGUCAUAUGAGGCUGAUGAUGAUAGUUGGCUAUUUGAGACAAGGGUGGUAGAUGGAGGAAGAUGUAAACCGAAAAGUGAUAUGAUGUUAGUUGGUGGUAAUAGCACUUCGAGUUUGUGGCCCCCGAAAGCUACUUAUUUGCCUGAAGUAGAACUGUAUGCGUUGCCAUAUACAGUUCCUUUUUGAAGUAGAACUGUAUGCAAUGAAGGAGAGAAAUUGUGCAUAUUGUAUUCUCGACUUUACUAAUUGAAAAUUUUGGGAUAUUAUUGUAUGAUGAGGAAACAGAGCAUCAUUAAUAUGAUGGAAUUUGUAUUUGGAGAAUAUUGAGUUCAAUUAAUAGCUAAAUUAGCCUAUC